UAGUCGGAUACCGUGCUUGCUUAAAAAUAAAUUUAAAAAAAAAAAACAAGAGUUGUUUGGACCCACAAACCGGCUCGCCGGUCCUCGACGACGUUAUCGGCGGCGCUUCUCCACCGCUGAGGCACCAAGACGCGCGUGGUCAACAUGUGCGCCGAUGUCUCCUCCUUAGCGUCCCACCUUCAGUUCCGCCACCUCCUUGACCGCUGCUGCAGCUUCCGCCAUCUCGACCAAAUCCAGGGCCUACUCAUCACCUCCUCCCUGUUGCGAUUCCCCACCCUCACCUCCUUCCUCCUCCGCCGCGCCACCGAGUUGGGCCGCAUGAGCUACGCCGCGCGGCUCUUCCCCGUCAUCUCCUCCCUCUGGCACGGCGCCCCACCCAAGGUGCUCCUCUACAACGCCAUGAUCCGCGGGUACGCGUACAAUGGCCCCUACGAGGCCGCCCUUCACUUGUUUGAGGAAAUGCUUCAGAGAGAGAUGAAGCCUAACGGCUUCACUUACCCGUACGUCGUUGACUCUUGCACGCACCUUGGGGACUUUGGUUACGGUAAGAAAGCGCACUGUCAGAUCAUCAAGGGCGGAUUCGAUGCAUUUGCCUCCGUAGCCUUCCCACUGUUGAACUUCUAUAUCGAAGUCGAAAGGUCUUGCCUUGCUGUAGGCUCACUGGUUGAUGUUCAAAGGAUCUUUGAUGGUCUGGCUGUGAAAACUAUAGGAUUAUGGAACAAGAUGAUAUCGGAAUACAUCAGUUUAGGAGAUUUAGAUUCUGCGAGGAAACUGUUUGAUGAAAUGCCUGAACGAGAUGUUGUAUCGUGGAACUCGAUGCUUUCAGGCCAUGUGAAGGCUGCUGAUUUGAAGAUGACAUUGAUCUUUUUUAGAAGAAUGCCAAUAAGGGAUGUUGUAUCUUGGACGAUGAUGCUUACAGCUUUCUGUAAUGCCGGUGAUCUUAGAGCAGCAAGGAAGCUGUUUGAUGAAAUGCCUGAGAGAAAUGUGGUUUCUUGGAACAGCAUGCUUUCGGGUUACAUGCACCAUGGAGAUUUCCGACAGGUCUGUGAUCUCUUCUUUCGGAUGCACUCGCAAGGCGUGGCUCCAGAUAGAUUCACAUUCUCAACAGCUCUAUCUGCUUGUGCUCAACUUGGAGACUUGAGGACAGGAAAAUGGAUACACUUCAAUUUGAUAGGAGAUGGGCUUCAGUUAGAGGCCAUAGUUGGGACUUCACUCAUAGAGAUGUAUGCCAAGUGUAGCGACAUCGAUUCGGCAUUCAGAGUUUUCCUUGAGAUGAUCGAAAAGGAUGUGUUUUGCUGGAAUGUGAUGAUUAAAGCAUUUGCAGCACAUGGAAGAAUAGCUGAUUCAUUGAAGCUCUUUGAGAAAAUGAUCAAGGACGGACUUCAGCUCAAUCACUUAACCUUCAUGAGUGUCCUAUUCGCAUGCAGCCAUGGAGGACUGGUGCAAGAAGGUCGCCGAAUUUUUAGUUGUAUGGAGAAAGGCUUCGGAAUCAAACCGAGAAUCGAGCAUUAUGGCUGUCUGAUUGACAUGCUCUGCCGAAAUGGUCAGCUAGAAGAAGCACAAACAAUGAUCAAGAAUAUGCCUUAUGAGCCAGACAUUGGUGUGUGGGGAGCUCUCCUCGGUGGCUGCAGGGUCAGGAAUGACAUCAAAAUAGCAGAAGAAACCAUCGAGAAGGUAGAAGAGCUGGGAACAGAGGAGGGCGGGGUGUAUGCCCUUCUAUCUAACAUGUAUGCAACUUCGAGCCAGUACGAUGAGGCGUCCAAGGCAAGAAAAAAGAUGGAGGAGCAGAGUAUACAAAAGGCUACUGGAUGUAGCAGUGUUCUUGUGGCAAGUGAAUUGUGAUGAAUGCUCUAACCCUCUUCUUAGAGAUAGUCUACUGCCUGCAACUUCUCCUAAAUAGCGCCAAUUCAAAUGCUUGUUCAAGAGCAGUAGCAUUGAAGAGGAGAUCGGACAGGAAAUUGUAGUGAUCAUCUUGAUUAAUAUAAUAAUGAUUCUUCUUCACUGCUGCCAAUGCUCUGCUGAAUGGUUGUACGUACAACCAAUAAGUUUUAUAUGAAGCAAGCCAAUACUCUAUUAGAGUCUACCUUUUGUUUGCCUGAUGUUUAUCUUUAUUUGCAAGAAGUGUUGUUUUGUACAAAACAAUAUUUUCUCUAUCAAAUAUAACUAUAAAAAAGGUAAAUUGCACCA